CGAGAAAUAACAAUAUAAUAAAACUGAUACCUUCGAGAAAUUACUCGUUAUCAAUCUGUUAAUAGUCACGUAUUCAUGAUAUUGUUAUUUCGGUACAUAUAUGGUCGAAGAAAUUACAUCAUGAAUCAUAUCACACAAGCGUGGAAUACAAAAUUUUCUAACAAAACUAAAUCACCGACGCAUAAAAAAUUAUUAUCGUUAGAGAAUAUUCGAUCGCCAAUAAUUUAUUGUGGCUCCUGGAGAUCUAGAAUGCUCGAUAAAGUGAAAGAAUGCCGUGAUGCUAUUAAGAACAUGAUGACCUUCGACAAGCUGACAAAUACCUAUGAAACUACACACAUAGUCGGUAAAACUCCGAUAAUUCCGAGAGCAGCUACUUCUAUGUCCUCGAUACCGGAUGUUAUUACAUUUAGUGGUAUUGCAUUGAAACAUAAAGAAUACGAAGAUAUACCGAUUCUAAUGAGAGAUUCCAUACUGAAUUCGAAUAAAAAAGAGAAAGAAAACACUAUUGUGGAACAAAUUGAUCAAACUAAUAAUACAAACAAUUCGUUGAAACGUUUCGUUUCAGUAGAUAAUAUGCUCAGCAAUUCGUUGAAAUCAUUCAUAGUAUUGGAAAAACAGAUAAAAGAGGAAUUUUUGCAAGAGGACGAUGUUUUCACGACGAAAAAAAAAAUUUCUGCAGAACCGUUCCUUUCUUAUGUGGAAGGAAACGCAGAAUUCAUUUGGCCAGAUGAUACAAUUGAGAGUUCUUCCGGAAAUGCUUGGAACUCCCUGGAACAUUUAAAUUCGUCCGAUAUCAGAUUUGGAAAUCCACGUACAAAUUCCACUUUUUAUGAAGAUAUUUAUGUGAAUAGAAAUCGUACAUCUUCCCCAAUUCGAAAUCAUCAUUUUCAGGAUUCUGGUUUUGAAAAUAAUUUCUCGAUAUAAAUCAGUUCUAUUUUCAAUUUUUUCUCUCCAUUCCUGUUUUUACUCUUUUUAUUUAUAACUUUUUGUAACUCUUCAUAUUUGAAUCAAUAAAAUUUGUUCUAA